AAUGAUCAAAUACCUGGCUCUGCUGGUAUUUCUGUUCGGCUGUGCAGCUGCCCAGGAACCAAGGCGCGAUGCCGAGUGGCCUCCGCCAGCGAUUCUCAAGGUGGCAAAACACUUCCACGACAUUUGUGCACCCAAAACUGGCGUCACUGAUGAGGCCAUCAAGGAGUUCAGCGAUGGCCAGAUCCACGAGGACGAGGCCCUCAAAUGCUAUAUGAACUGUCUCUUCCACGAGUUCGAGGUGGUGGACGAUAAUGGUGAUGUGCACAUGGAGAAGCUCUUCAAUGCAAUUCCGGGAGAAAAGCUGAGGAACAUAUUGAUGGAGGCCUCAAAGGGAUGCACUCAUCCCGAGGGCGACACUCUGUGCCACAAGGCAUGGUGGUUUCAUCAAUGCUGGAAGAAGGCUGAUCCCGUUCACUACUUCUUGGUCUAAAGUUGACAUCAUGUAGGAUAUUUUAGGGCAUAUUAUCAGGUUUAUACAAUGGUUUUACAGGGAAUGAAGCGCGAGAGAGUUUAAAAAAUAAAUGGUUCCGGGGUGAUUAAACAAUGUAUAGAACAUAUUAUUUAUUUAAUGCAACAGUAAAGCAUUUUUAACUA